UGCUGCCGUUUUUGCCUGUUCUUUGGAAAGGAGAGGCGUGUUUGUGUUGUCUAACUUCACUCUCGUAAGAAAAAGCACCUCCCAGACUCCUCUCUGUCCCUCCUUUCACUCUUUCCGCCUCUUGUUCCUCUUCUCCUCCUCAGAACAGCAUGCUUCACGUUCCUCACCAGCCACUCUGGGUGUGCACACUGAUGCGGUGAUGACUUUGAGAAGCUUCUUGUGACGCGGCUGUAGAAAAUGAUGCCUAGUCAUCAAAAUAGUGCUGUAAACAUGGAGUCAUGUCUGAGGCUGGUGGCUGUUUGCUCUGAUUGAGCACUCAGAGGGCCGAGGCAUAAUGCGAGGUGAAUAAUGGAAGCUAAACUGCAGAGUUUGUGAGCGUAACAGCCAGAAAGGAGCAGAAUGAAUCCCGUAAGGAAGGACAUGGAGCUGCUGAGUAACAGCAUGGCCACUUACGCCCAUAUUAAAGAGAACAUGGAGAGUUUUGCACUGUACUUCAUGCUCGGUGUGUGUUUCGGGCUGCUGCUGGCUCUGACGCUCCUCAUCCUGGGCAUCGCCUGCAGGCCACGUCCAGCCACAAAGAAAUCCCCUUCACCCGACCGGAGACGGCUCAAAGAAUCCAGUGAGGAAGACGAGAAUGAAGAUAAAGAUGAAGGAGAAGACGAGAGUGGCGGAGAAGGAGAUGAUGAAGAAGCCGAAGUGCCGAAGGUUACCGUGGCACCCAUGAGUGAUCAGAGCCAGUCGAACGGCACCCUCAGGAGCGUCAACGUCUUCACCUCGGCCGAGGAGCUGGAGAGAGCUCGGAGGCUGGAGGAGAGGGAGCGGAUCGUCAGGGAAAUCUGGAGAAACGGACAGCCGGAUAUUCUAGUCACGGGGACAGGCACGCUGGGACGGGUUCACUACCGCUAGCAGCCUUUUUUUAAUUUUUAUACAAUAUUUAACAGUCCUGAAAGCAUAUAAAUGUUGCCAGCUCAAGGACAGCUCUGAAAGCACUGUAGACUGGGUGUUACUCUUCUUUAACAGGUCAGAUCCAGCCCAGAGUCCAAACAAAGGGCAAUGGAAACCCUCUGCACUUGGUGCAUAGGAGUGAAUCUUCCAUGACUUGUGGUUUCUUUUAUUUGCACCUUGUUAAAGAGAAAUUCCAUAUUUUUUAAUUCUGCGUAAUUCAGUGGUUGAACUGUAAACAAAACCAUUCAAAGUGGUUUGAUGUGAAAUGAUUCAUUGAGAAACCUGCCACUUUGUGUACAGUGG